GACGCAUGCGCGGCGCGGCGCUCGAUGGGCGCUCGCAGCGCGGCUGUGCGCGACGAGCCCGCUGCCGCCAGGUACGUGCCGCGAGUGUCCACGCGAUGUGACACGGGCCCAUACAGCCCACCACCCAUGUAGCACGACCGCUCACAGUACACACGGACCAUGAAGGCGCGACCACCUCCAAUGUAAAACGAAAACGAAUCCGCUCGCCCCGUGGAGGCGCGCGCAUUCACUACGAUCGACUGUCGUGGAAUAUAUUUACAGUGUAUUACGAUACGAAUAUUGUGUUGUGAUUGCCCAGAUAUCGAUAUCUGUCACCAACAGGUCAUGAUAUAGAAUACGGGCGAGAAACCGAGCGAAGAGUGUAGUGCACGGAGAGUGGUGUAGAUAGAGGCGCGAUGCAGAAGUGGCAGUAGCGGCCGCGCAUGGCGGCCAGCGGCGCGCCCGUGCGGCAGCCGCGCCGCGGCCCUGCGCCCAUCGCCUCCUUCGACCACGACGUCUCUGAUGAGGUGAGACCACCAUCCAGCCCGGAAACAAAACAAACGAUACGCCUUCCGGAGAUCCGCGAAGACCCAUCCGUCUCUGCGACGUCAGUCGUGCCGACAUCACCCAGCACGAGUGACGCGCUCGCGCCGCCCGAACAGCGCGCUCGCUCACACUCCACACCAUCAGCGGGCGCGCUGCAGACGGCGCCACGUAUUGAUAUCUCUAGGGCUUCUAGUUCAAGUCAUCACGAUUCUCGGGAUAGCUCCCCAGAACUGGCGCUGUUCGCAGGAGCGAGUAACAGUGGCGGGGGUGAAGAAGCUCGUUCGCGCCUAGAACUCGGUUUUCGGGAAGACGGUGCACUCGACUUACGAUCUUCCACAGAGGAACUCGCCUUCCUUCAACCAGCGCCAGGUGAACCCAAGAUAGCUCCCACACCCGCAAAUCCUGAGCGUCGACAUUCACGAAAAGAUAGCCAAGGUUCAGAAGCGGCGCUACUGGCUGUAUCGGGAAGAACGAGCCGCUUAUCAAGUGUCGGCUCACAGUGUUCGGCGCAUUCAGCUCUUUCUGGCUUCAGCCAUAAUAGUCGGGUAUCCCGUCUUUCAGUAGUUUCUGGUAUUUCAAGAUCUCCAUCUCCGCACAAGAUGUUAUUGGAAACAUCUUUCUGUGGACCGAAGCCAAUUGAAACAGAUCCAGAAAUCUGUGCUGCAGUGGUCGAAGAACGUUUAUUAGAAAUGGCUAAAUUAAGUUCCGGACAAGCUCCAUCAUCAACUCCAGCACCAGUAGAUGCGCGAGAUAGGCGAGAGGUGCGAACCGAAGCAACAGUUGAACGCACAAGUAUUAGACCAAGUAGUGCGAAUUCACGAACGCCUUCGGCAACUACUGCAUCCUGUGUAACUAAUACAGUGCGAUUAACGUCGCCUACUCCUACAGUGCCUCCUGAUCCACAACCAGUUGUGAGACAACUGGUUACACCCGACGAAGAUAAACGUCGGAAAGAGUCGAGAAAUCGAGCUCGUGCUGAAGAACGACGGGCAAGAUCGAGAGACAGGCGGGAAUCUUUAGAUCCAGAAGUAAAAAAAAAUGAGAAUCGCUCAAAAGAUAUAAUUCGAAUUAGACUGAAACCCGACUCAGAAUACGAGGAAGACGAAGAAGAUGAGAGUGAGAGAACACUGAUAGGAUGCGAAGGAAUGAAGAAGCCGGAUACUUUAAUACUGGGUGGCGCAAAUAGACCAACAGAACUUGCCGCUAGCACUACAGUAUCCAGCACGGUGAGUCCGACACCAUCACGUCGAAAGGUUCCUCGUGAUAGCCGUACACCGUCGCCAGUCGGUACUGUUGUUUCAAGAAAGUCAUCUUUCUGUUCUCUUUUUAAAUCACGGGAAACAAUCGCAUCCCCUGAUUCACCAUCAGAUGCUCUUCGGCGAAAAAAAAGUUUAACUGAAGGUAGAUCACGUAGUAGAAGUCGCGAUCGUUCAGCGACGCCUACUUCCGCCACUAAAAUUAGGGGUUCAGUGCUUUCAUUGUUUAGGACGCCACGAAAAAGUGCUACAUCGCCAUCGCCAAGUUCGCGCGAUAAUUCACCUGUUGUACAAUCUCAGAGACAGAUAUUGCAGCAACCUGUAGAGCGGAGCCGUCGCAAUGAUAAAUUGAAGUACUAUGAAGAUACGAAGGAUGGUAUAAUUCACAUACCUCUACGUACACCACCUAAUGAACAAAAUGGGACGAGUAGUUGUACGAGCGGUACGAGCACGACUGGUUUUGCAAGUGGAACAAACAGUACUAGCAAUAUUGAAGUCGAAAGUGAACCAAAAUUUUCUGAUAUCGUUACACAUCAUGAACCAAUUCGGCCAGCUUCCGCACCACAUACUUACUCCACAUCAAAACCUUUGUCUGAUGUUCGUACUUCUUCAAAACCGAUUCAACGAACAGUGUUACCUGAUGGAAGUAUAAUUAUUCCAUUGCAUUCGCCAACAGAGAAAUCAAGUAACGAACGCUUUUCGGAACCAUCAUUAGCAACUGAGUCGACACGAGAAAAAGUUUGUGAAUUAGCUGUUACUGCGAUAAUACAGGCCCCACCAGAAAAUAUUCCAAAUCAAGAAAAAGUCACCACGCAGAAUGCAGAACAAACUUUUGAUGUAAGCUCGGCAACAAAGCGAGACCAUAGUGAAACUUCUAUUAGCACUGCACGAGCUGACUCUGUUGCAAUUAGUGCCACUCAACAGCCCAGUGAGAGAAGAAGAAAAGAACGUUUUGUAUUUUCAACACAAGUAGGAAGCAGGGACCAGGUGUUUAGUACGCAAUUUAGUAUAACGAAAACUCCGAGCGUGACGAGUGAAAUAUCAGAAUCGAUACAUAGUUUUCCAGAUAGCGAAGAGGUUCACCCGCCAACUCUACGAGAUACACACAUAACUACAAUUGCCGAUCGGAUAUCUCCCGUUUCUACGGGAACCGGCAGCAAUAUACAAAGAAUAGGAGAAAACAGGCUCGAGCCAGAUCCGACGAAUGAAUCUAUUAGUACGUGGACGAGCACAGUAAGCCCUCAAGAUGGAACGAAGGAUUCCUCAGAGUCUGAGACCAGUUCUGAUGCGGGUCCUUCUUGUAGUGUCAAUGACGUAGAGCAACGAGGUUUAGUUGUACAAGAAUCUUUCGAGGAUGAAUUGCCCUAUGUACCGACAACCUUACCAUUGGAGCGUUCACUUGCAUUGCCGAUGGUGCCAGUACGAGAGCGAAGCGAUGUGACGGUGGCGCGUGUGGAGCGACCGCGUGCCACCACACCGCGUGCUGGCUCGCGGUCAUCCCCGGCGCCGGUUGUGCAGCCAGUGCCACAGGUGCCUCGACCACCCGCUACAACAGAAUCAACAUCACCUGCCACUGACAAGAUUCGCAUUCGUUUACCACGACGUCCGCGAACUACAUCUGCUUCCGGCCCCUCACGAUCGGAGCGUGCACGUACACGUAGCCGAAGCGAUGGUUACGAGACUCGAGCUAAAACAGAGUGGAUCGACUUCGAAGAGGUGCCGGAGAGGCGCAAGCAGCCAAAACGCAUCCAAACUUUACCGAGCGCGGCAACGAGCGGCGGUGGUGUUGGAGUCGAUGAGGGGGGCUCGAGCGGUGCCGGUGGGCGGGAUGUAGUGUUCAGCUACGUGGAGCCGGAAGAGUGUCGCUGCGAGUGCCACACACACGCUCCUUCCCGUGAUGACGAGUUACCAUUGCUCGACGACGACGUUCAGCAGAGGCGCAUUAGUGCAUCCUCACUGGAGUCUGAUAGAGUGGAAGAGCACGUGCAGCUAAGUGUGCAAGUGGGACGCCCCUUCACUGCAGAUCUUGAUCUUCACGACGUGUCCGUACAUCAGGAGCGGUAUGCGCGACACGAGCGACACGACCGAGCGGACAGGCGGCAGCACUGACCCCGUCGCCCGCGGCCGACACCACGCUAGUCGCCGGCCCUCCCCCUUGACACGACUUUAACGUUUUAUAGAUUAUAUUCUCUACUAUUGACUUGGAACGAGAUGUUAUCAUUUUUGAGAUGUAAAAUUUACCUGGUUCAUUAGGUAUAUUAUAUUUAUAGCGUCGUUUAUAUCUCUCCUAUUAGCCACAGUUGACCUUUGCAUUUUUGAUGUUUAUUAAAUUGUUCGAAGUGUAUAUUGCGGUUUAUAUGCGACGGUCGUGUGUCGUGUGCUGUACCUAAUGUAUGAUAAAGAUCGUUUUUUUUUACUUGUACUUUUUUGUAAACAAUUUGGUAUGUUCUUUUUUUAAAUGGCAAACGUAUUAUAAUAACUCAGUACUUUAUCUAUGUACGUAUGAUUAAUAUUAUGAACAAAAUUGCCAGUAUUAUAUGGUAAUUUAUGAUUCUACAUUAUUUUUGCCUAUUUUAUAUUUACCCGACUGUCAUAUAAAGGAGGGUGAUGUUCUUUGGCUGGACGAAUGUGUAUAAAUGAGGUGUCGUUUAAACUAUAUAACGAAACGACAACGAUGUUAUAAAUGUGACAUGAAUAUGUCCAGAUUGUUUACCAAUUGUGACAAGUAAGAAAAAAAAAGAGUAUUGUAAUGUGUGGUCGCGUCCACAAGAAUGAAAUAUGUAGUUAGUGUAUAUGUAACUACAGAGUGCUGCCUUACGUCGACUGCACCAAAUUGUAUUUUGAUAAAUGGUGACCGGGAAAGCAGACGAAUGCUAAAUAAAUUUAUUUGUUGUUAGAAAUAUUUACGAUACUACACGCAUGUGAAAGAAUGAGACGCCGAACGCUACUGUCUUGUUCUAUCCCACGCGUGUAUGUGCGUGGUACCGGCCUUUGGUGGGAUAUAUUCGGGAUCAAAGGGGGGUAUUGAGGUCCAAAAGGAGUGGCGUAUAAUGACAUGUAAGAGGUGCUAAGAUUAAUAAAAGAUUGCGCCAUAUUAGAUUUUAGUCGUCAGUAAGAGCUGAUGAUGAAGUUAAAGCACCAUGGUAAAAGGUGAUGACGAACUUUUUUCGUUACCAGAGGAAUGGGGAUGGGGGUCGUAUAAAACUUGCUCAGGGGCACCACACUAAGUCCGGCCCUGUAUAUGCACACAAAUAAAUUAAUUUACCAUCCGCUAGACGGUCUGGCAUGCUUACGAUGCAUCGGAGAGUCGUCAUACAUUUCAAAUGUUUCUAGUUAAUAAAUCACGUUUUGCGUUUGUUAUAUACAAUUCUAAAAUGUUAAAAAAAUUAGUUGUUAUUCCUUGUCGUUUACGAUAAAGCUAAAAUAAAUGGCAAUACUUAGGAUCGCAAUGGUUUUACGACUAUCAAUAUAAAAGGUAAAAUUAUUAUGCAAAUUAUAAUUCGUAAUCGUUGACACAGCACUAAAUAUACAACUGUGCAAACUCCCAAUAGUAGUGUUGUAUAGUGUACUUAGGUAGUGACCUAGCGUGUUGUAGUGGACUCGCGUCGCGAGUUUAGUUCUUGUAGUAAGAAAGAGGCACACGCUCCCGGCUCUCAAACUAUAUAGCUAACGAUUUUUUUUUUAAUUCCCUCUAGGCAAGUGGCGAAUGAAAUUCCGCUAGUGUAAACAUAAGAAAAAAAAAAACAAUUUAUUUUUAAUGGGUGACAAUUAAAUGGUAUUUUCGCCUGCGCUAUCGGUAUAUAGCGAAUAAGUGAGGAAGUAGGUCAGUUGGUCUGUUAUGACUAAUUCGGCAAGAAUGAAUUACGAUGCAUUCCAGGGGGAAUUGCGUGAAAAUCGACCUGAUAGGUUGUAUUGCUUUUAACGUGGUUUUUGCACGUGUAAGCAAUAACGUAUCUAUCGACGGAUUCAUUUGCCACUUGUCUGGGCAACAGCCGUUUCACAUGUUAUGGGCUACGUAAACGGUCAAGCAGCUUGAAUUAAGCACGUAAUUAUUAGUUUGUAGGACAGACAGUUAUUCUGUUUCGUUUUAUAAGCGACAAUAGAUGCGUGCUUGACGCAAGCUGCUUGAUCGUCUAUAGUCUAUAAAAUCAGAGUAAAAUAACCAAUAAGAUACAAAAGGUAGAUAACAGAUAAAUUAUUAUACAUGUAUAUAUAAUCAGAUCUUACGUUAACUAUCGUUUCGAAUGCAUAAAUGAGAUUGACAUAGCAUAUCACGCAUCUCGCUCUAUUUAUACGCAAAAAUAAUAAAUAUUAAUAAAAAAAAAUGUUUUUAGUCACUAGUACGAAUUUGUUUUGUAAGGUAACGCUUUUGAGGCGACGCGGGUCCACUUUUGCGCAAAUUAUACGCAACAAACGAUGCAUUUGACUUUUAUUAUUCAAUUAUCUCGAUGUUUUCACUUUAAUAUUUUCUGUGUAUCGCUACAGACAUAACUACCUAUAUUAAAAAUUAUGUAAACGAUACCGCUUUACGACUUCUGUGUAACUACGUCUGUCGCUACAUUUUGCUUUAGCGAUUCUUGUCAUUAGUUGACUUCAUGAACGCAAUAAUAUAUAAGAAAGUACGUAAUGUAACUGUUAUACAAAUCUAUCAGUUUAGGCAAAAGUCUGAAAUAUGAAAUAUAUAAAUUUUUGCUUUCCAAAACUUUG